UAGUGAACCUAAGGUUGGAAACAUUGUGCUUACCAUUUAAGAGAUUUCUUGUUUUUAGUUUUAUAUGGUUGCUCAUUUUUCAUAUUAAGUCUUGACUGUAGGUAUGUGAUUAUGUCUAAUGUUUGUUUGCUUGGUAUCUUUUUGAUGGAUUGAUAAUCAUUAUUUGUAGAUAUCUCGUUAUUUUUCGGUAAUACCUUUGAAGGAUGUCAAACAGAGUAUUUUACAUAUUCGAUCAAUUAAUGUAUCUAUUAUUUAACAUUACUUUUACAUGCACAAUUCAUCAUGCCUGUCAGUUCCGUCCUUUUCAUGCUUUAUGCAUUAAUUAAUUCUUAAAGGUAACAUGGUUGUAAUCAAGUGUUACUGAUGCGAUUCUGUUUAUUACUUGUCAAUUGAUCCCAUUACUCUAUCUAAUCUUGUGUCCCAAUGCUAAACCUGUCCAUGCCCCAAAGAUCUCAAUCUUACAUUUUCAUCCUUUUCUGGGCAUAUGCUUUCUGAUUAGCCUUCUGCUGGGGUUUUUAUACUCAUAUAUCUUCACAAUAUCCAUUGGCAAGCGGGACUGAUUUAGAAUGAAGAUCUUGAUGAAAUACUUAAGAUUUUAUCCUUUUUUACAGUUUAAAUGUUCUGUUUAUCUUGAUAGAUUAGCUGAUUUGUAUAACGCCAGAAACAUCAAGGCACUGCCAGUAUUGUAACAAGGAGACUGGCUAGCUAUUUUUAUGCAUUUAAGAAGUAGGGGGUGAGUCUCUGCAUAAAUAUUAACAAUGAUAGCAAGAUAAUAGUUUAUCUUGAUGCAUACUUGUAUCUUGGAUAAGAUCUGAGCCUGAAAGAAAACCAGGGCCAACAUCAGCCCCGAAAAGAGGAAAAAGAUUCUCAGGACACCUGUUAAUUCUUAUUUUUAGAUUGGCUUCAAUUUUGUAAAAUUGCUUUAGAAUUCAUUGUUGUUGACAUCAAUUUUGAUUUUCUAUUGCUGGUUGUUUUUUGAAAUUACUACGAAUCAGCUCUCAGAAGUAGCGUUUCCAACUUUAUUGUUGGUUUUAUGUUACUUGUUCAUGUAAACUAGGGCUUUUCCUAGUGGUUACGCCCCUUUGUUAGCAUCAAGGAUUUUGAUUAUGAGUAUUGGAUGCAUCACCAAGAUUUGGACUUGGAUAGUUAUGGUAUGGGGGUUUGUUCCUUCCUCUCUCGGAAUGAAGGGAAAAACUCUUUUUUUUUAUGUUUUAGUUUCCAAUGUAUGUUACAAUAGUUUGGAUCUGAUGCAGACCAUUAUUUUAGAGCAAAGUUUUAAAGGACUAUGCAUAAAUUAUCCUUAUUGAAAUAUGAAUGGGUAUCUUGGAAGGAGAGAGAUUCUUAUAUCUAAUUGUACGUCUUCUAGUAGUUAUUUACUUGUUUGUUUUGUUUAAUGAAGAUAUUUGUUAUUUUAGUGUCACAUUGAGUGGUUUCUUCAAGCCUUAUUGAAUUGUUAAGUUUUCCUUAUCUUUCUUUCUUUUCCCCCCACAGAUGCAGAUCUUUGUUAAGACUCUCACUGGCAAGACCAUCACCCUUGAAGUUGAGAGCUCGGACACCAUUGAUAAUGUGAAGGCCAAGAUCCAGGAUAAGGAGGGCAUCCCUCCUGACCAGCAGAGGCUCAUCUUUGCUGGGAAACAACUUGAGGAUGGCCGCACUUUGGCUGACUACAACAUCCAGAAAGAGUCAACACUCCACCUUGUCUUGCGGCUCAGGGGUGGCAUGCAGAUCUUUGUGAAGACCCUUACUGGCAAGACCAUCACCCUGGAAGUUGAGAGCUCUGAUACGAUUGAUAAUGUGAAGGCUAAGAUUCAGGACAAGGAGGGCAUCCCUCCCGACCAGCAGAGGCUCAUUUUUGCUGGCAAACAACUUGAGGAUGGUCGCACUUUGGCUGACUACAAUAUCCAGAAAGAGUCAACACUCCACCUUGUUCUGCGGCUCAGGGGUGGCAUGCAGAUCUUUGUGAAGACCCUUACUGGCAAGACCAUCACCUUGGAAGUUGAGAGCUCUGAUACGAUUGAUAAUGUGAAGGCUAAGAUUCAGGA